GCGGGGCGGGGCGGGGCCGCAAGGAGAUGCGCGCGGGGGGCGCGGCGCAGGGUCCCACCGUCACGGCCGCGCCAAUUCCAGGUGCGUCACGGAGGGGCGGGGCCGGUUGGCGUGGGGCGUGGCUUGCGUGUCACGGCCCCGCCCUUCCCAUGCUAGGCCCCGCCCCUGCCCUCAGCGGCGUACCGCCCUCCAGGCCCUCAGUCUCUCUUGGGAGAGGCCUAGCUCAGGGCCCCGCUCCGUCCUUCCCGACCCCCGUCCCGGCCCCGCUCCCACCCAGUUGACUGGCGCAGGUGGUUGAGCCCUGAGCCCGUAUCCCCUCGGACGCUGGACCGGGCCUGGGCGGGGGGUGGGCGGGAUUCCGACCGUGUUUCUGUGCCUGCUCGUGCAGUGACCUGGGAGUUGGGGGAGACGAGACUGGCUGGAGAGUGUCCUCCGGUGCCUGUGUUUCUGCGUGGCCGGGGACGGAGGAGGGGGACUCGCAGGUGUUCAGGGCAGUGAUCGGCACCACGGGCAGACGUCUGUGAGGCGCUUCCUGCAGGCGUCGUUCUGUCCACAUGUAGCGCAGGUAUCGAGAACCUUCCUUGUGAGCUGCAGAGGAACUUCCAGCUCAUGAGAGAGCUGGACCAGAGGACGGAAGAUAAGAAGGCAGAGAUCGACAUCCUGGCUGCGGAGUAUAUCUCCACGGUGAAGACGCUUUCUCCAGAUCAGCGUGUGGAGCACCUGCAGAAGAUCCAGAGCGCCUACAGCAAGUGUAAGGAGUACAGUGAUGAUAAGGUGCAGCUGGCCAUGCAGACCUAUGAGAUGGUGGAUAAACACAUUCGAAGGCUCGAUGCAGACCUGGCACGCUUCGAAGCAGACCUGAAGGACAAGAUGGAGGGCAGUGACUUUGAAAGCUCCGGGGGACGAGGGUUAAAAAAAGGUCGAGGUCAGAAAGAAAAAAGAGGCUCCCGAGGUCGUGGCAGGAGGACCUCAGAAGAAGACACUCCAAAGAAAAAGAAGCAUAAAGGAGGGUCUGAGUUCACCGACACCAUCUUGUCCGUGCACCCCUCUGACGUGCUGGACAUGCCCGUGGACCCAAAUGAGCCCACCUACUGCCUGUGCCACCAGGUGUCCUAUGGGGAGAUGAUAGGCUGCGACAACCCGGACUGUCCUAUCGAGUGGUUUCACUUCGCCUGCGUGGAUCUGACCACGAAACCCAAAGGAAAAUGGUUCUGUCCGCGGUGCGUUCAGGAGAGGAGGAGGAGGAAGUGAGGCUGCUACCUGGGCUGGAAGAGCGAGUUAAUGUAUUCCUUCCUUCGUGUUGCAAUAUUUUCUCUUCGUUUUAAAACUACCUUGUUUUGAAUGAUACUUAACAACUCAGCGGCCAGUUGUAAGUCUGGGUAUUUCCUGAGACAAGCAAGAAUCCACCUGAGCCCUGUUUGCACGAGGAGUGAUCUCACAGGGACUUGCCACGGUGACUUCAUUCUCGAGACUUCUCGUACGGGGCCCGGCCCCGGGCACGGCAGGUGCACCGAGUGGCCGAGCCUUCCGCGGGCCGGUGCGGUGGGGACCUUCCCACCCGCUGCACUGCCGUCGCUCUGCAGCUGGGGUGUGAGCCUGUGUGGUCCGACCGUCCCGGCGCCACCGCGGCACAUCUGUCCCCCCAAGGCGUGCGCCCGGAAGCUGGCGAGGCGUUGCUGGAAGGCGUCCUCCGUGUCUCGGUGACCUGCCUGGGAUGGUGGGGCUGUCCCUGGAGCGGGAGGGCCCUGCCACACUGUGCGCUGCCUUGUUCGUCUGGACUCCCAGUUCCCUCCGUGAGGGCUUUACCUGCUGGAGUGAACGGCCCGUCAUCAGCAGGCGGGCUGUCGUUGCCGUGAGCCACCCGUGAGACGCCUGACCGACGGCUGGUGUGCCGUCGCUCUGGGAAUCCCUGCUGUUUUACUGUGAAGCUGGAACUGUCGCGACAGCACGAAGAUGGCAGUCUGCGUGCACGUGAGGCGAGGCCGGUCUGGCGAGGCCGGGCUGAUUUUACACCUGCCGUGUUGCACACUGGUAAGCAGCUCACGUCCGAGGGGACCACGGUUACGUGAGGCCACCUGUGAGUCUGCGCCGCGGUGGUUCUGGAAUGAGGCUGGGAAACCAGAGCGCGUUUUCCCUUCAGUCUGCACUCACCAAACCAGUUUUGAACCGUCGUGCUGGUACCAGUUGGGGGAAGUCGCGUACCUCCGGUUGAGGUCUGUCUGUGGCGGUGUGCGGCAUGACUUCUGGGAGCAUCUGUGGACCCCGAGACCCCACAGCAUCCACUUACAGGGCUCCGAGGAGCCCCGAAGGGAGAGCCGGUCUCUGUCCUGGAGGCGUGAGAAGAAACGCAGGAGGCAGAGUCGAGAUGGGAAGUUCCUAGGUGAACAGGAGUCUCCUCUUUAUCAGGAGGCCUUCUGGAACAGUGCCCCGCUUCCUCCGAUGGCUUGUUCACUGCACGUGUCCUCCUGUUCCUAGUAUGUCAGCAAGGCCAGGAGAUGCCACGUAGAGAAUCUCGGGGAGCCGUGUCGUGCACGGCCGCCUCGCGCCAGCUCAGCUCGUCGUCCCUAGAUGAGCGCUGACUGUUAGCUUUGACCUCAGAGGGCAGUGAGUGUCCAGCCGGGACCUGCGUCCGUGGUUCUCGGAGGGUCAGCCCACAGCAGACGCGCCGUCCUGUGUCCUUCCUGGAGCAGGCCGAGUGGCGGGACUUGCUUCCAGGCGACUGCAGGUGGGGUCGGCUCGGCAUGUGCGCCCCGGGCUGCGUGGGGAGGGUAGGGGGUCGCCGGGCCUGACAGGCUUUCCCAGAACUGAUGCCUUCCUGCUUCUCCGAAAGAAGGGGUGGGGGCUUCGGGUUGAGCGCCGGCCCGCACGAGCACCUCAGUCUCCACUGCAGCCAAAACCGAGGCUCGUCUGUAUUUAAGAACUUAGCUUUUUAUUAACACAGGUAUUUAAAGAUUGUGGGGAAUAAAUUGUGGAAAAUUGUCUGCUUCACUCUUUUACCAGUUUUUGUGGAGAGGGUAGGUAAGUACAGUGAGUUUGUGGUGAUUCUUUGGAAGCUAGUUGAAUAUUUGCACUGCCUCUCAGAACACUCGCGGCCACUGCCAUCGCGGAAAGACGGGUGACCGUGGACAUAGGCCGAUGGCUGGUUGGGUACACUCGAUGCCUGGUUUCCGGGGUCUCGAGCACGACAGGAGAGAUGGCUGACUUCCAUAUGAAGCUUGUGUGUAAAGUCUGAUGGCGUCUCUGCUGUCACCUCUUCUCUUUAGGUUUCUGUGCCUACCUGUUUCUGGUGUUUACUUUUGUCAGUUACAUUGGUAUCUCCAAAAUAACACGCGUUUAGCUUUGGAGAAAACAGAAGACAUGAGUGGAUUAGGAAGAUUCCCUGGAAUGCUGUUUGGGUCAAGACCGAUCGGUUGUCCUUCCCAACUGUGAACAACACUCUGCAAGUCAGAACGACACUCGACAGCAGCGCUUUGCUUGGGGAAGAAUGUUCUGCCACCUGGCGUGGCCCUGGUCCUGAGGACUGCUGCUUGAGGCCAGCCGCCUUCAUCCUGGGGUGAUUCCUACCAGACCCCGUCUGCCUCCCAGGCGCUGGAUCGGACCCAGAGGGGGCUGCAGAGCCCUGUUCCUUGGGUUGAGGGGGUCCAGGCUGGGCCCAGCGGUCCCUCUUGCAGCUGUAUCUGAGCCAAGGGUGCGGGCCCUCCGCGGCCGCGGGGUUUCCGUGUAAGGGAAGGAAUACCUUGUUUGAGGAGAAUCUGCACGUUCCUCAUUCUCAGUGCUAGAUUAUCAGUCAGCAGCUCGACAGACAGCCUCUCAUUUUCCCACAGGAGGACACAUGCACUUAUAAACUGAACCCCAACCCCCCCCCCCCCCCCCGCCAUCUGUGGCUGCGCUGGUGGAGCUGCUGGCUGGGGUGACCGUCCCCACUGCACAGGCUGGGACCCUGAGCGAGUGGAUAUGAAAUGGGACUGGCCAGGGUCACGGGAGCCUGGUGGCUUCGAGUCUGCCCAGGGCAGCAAAUGCUGAAGACACAGCCACAGGAAUGCCUGCGGUUUGCUGGGCUGCGUGGGGACACUGGGCAGCUGGUGGUUUGCUGGGCUGCAGACGACACUGGGCAGCUGGGUGCCAGUCCUGUUCCCGGGCGGCCGUGCGGCUCUCUGCCUCACAGACUUGUGGCUGGCAGCCGUUGGCAGGGAAGGCUUCGAGCUGUCACGCUGUCCGAACAGCAGCACUCCCCCCCCUGCCCCCCCAACCACCGCCGUGUGGCCGGAGCCGGAAUAGACACUUAAUCAUGGGCCUUGGAGACUGAAGGUUUUCCUCAAUUGCUAGUGAGCCGUGGCUGGUCUUCGCUACCUGUGCUGAGAGGAAUUUUAAAACAGGAAGCCUAAGAAAAACGUUCUCAUUCAGGAGAGAAGUCUAUGAAGUUUCUUUCUUUCUACAAAUGUAUUUUGUGGUGUUCACUUUGACCACAUUUCAUCCAAAAAGAUGAUGCAGCUUUAACAUGAAUGUUACAUUUUAUUUUCAAGGAAUUAUCUAUGUUCCCUUUGUAAAGGAAAGAUAAUAUUGUAAAUCUUUUUAUUGAAUAAUGUAAAGAUGUAUAUCUGUAUUUUUGGAUCAUGUUAUAGAUUAUGGAUAUAUUGUUUAAUAAAUAAAGUAUUUUUUGGAAUAAA